UUUUCUGAUGGACGGAACCGACCGAAUACAGUCUGGAGGAGACAAGAGUGAGAGCAGGAGCGCCCGGCCCGUUUACGAGUGCUACAAUGGAGAGGGGCGGUGUUUGUGAUAUUUAGAACAUAUCAGAGGCUGCUUCUCUUUGACGCUAGUUUGUGUUCAGCGGCGGGAUGUGCAGCAGCAUCUCCAUGGAUCUUUAAAACACUGAUGCGGGAUACGCGCUGAAAACCGCCUGUGGAUGCAACGAAAAGUACUAAAUUCUUAAUUUGAAGGGGCAAAGACAGCAGAGGAACACGCGGGGAAACGAAUAGCUCACUAAUUUUCCUUAUUUCUCUUUUUUGGGGGGGUUGUCCAUCAGCUCUGUGGAAGAGGAGGAGGAGAAUCAUCAAGAAGUUUGUGCGCGGCGUUAAUAUUUACCUGAGGCUGAACGUAGACACACAUCUCACUGUUGCUUUUUUUUUUGAAUUUCCAACCGGGGGAUGGUUGUGAAGUUCUGGUGAGGCCCCCGGAGAAAGCUUGGAGACCGGGGCGCACCGUGUCUGUUGCAGCGCACCACCUGGAAACUAUACGGUCCGCCAGACGCACCAAACCCACAAGAACCCCUCUCCUCUGCUCCUCUCGCUCUCCGCUCCUCUCUUCUUUAUCUCUCCCCCUUCCUCGCCUUUCUCCUUCUCACCAACCGGGUUAUUUUUUUUUUUCUUCAGGCUGGUGUGGACUUUACAGCCACGACAAAAACUGAUCAUGCGAUGACUGAACGCGCUUUGGGCACAUCUACCGAGUCCAUUACAGGAGGUGAAUGAUGGCCGAGGAUGGGGGAAAUCUCUCCGGGGUCCCCGACGCCAGGGGCUCGGAGGGUCGCUCUUCUCUGCCAAGGACUUUCAUCCGGCUCAACGACCUGUCCGGGGCCGGGAUACGAGGCGGGGAGCGCGCCGAGGUGGUGGUGGAGCCGGCAUCACCGGCGCCUGACAGGAUCUCUACAACCGAGGACGAUGCGUCGGCGUGCGAGGAGACCCUGCCCUACCCCGCUAUGGCCCCCGUGGUCUUCUUCUACCUGAACCAAACCACCCGGCCUCGGAGCUGGUGUCUCAAGAUGGUCUGCAACCCGUGGUUCGAACGAGCGUCCAUGCUGGUGAUCCUGCUCAACUGUGUGACAUUGGGCAUGUUUCAUCCCUGUGACGACGGUGAAUGCAAGUCUGAGAGGUGCAACAUCCUGCAGGGCUUCGAUGACUUCAUCUUUGUGUUCUUUGCCAUUGAGAUGGUGAUAAAGAUGGUGGCUAUGGGAAUUUUUGGCAAAAAGUGUUACCUUGGAGACGCCUGGAACCGCUUGGACUUCUUCAUCGUAGUGGCUGGGAUGUUGGAGUACUCCCUCAACCUGCAGAACGUCAACUUUUCUGCAGUGAGGACGGUUCGCGUGCUGAGACCUCUGAGGGCCAUCAACCGAGUGCCAAGUAUGCGUAUCCUGGUGACCCUGCUGCUGGACACCCUGCCCAUGCUGGGCAACGUGCUGCUGCUCUGCUUCUUUGUCUUCUUCAUAUUCGGCAUCGUAGGCGUCCAGCUGUGGGUCGGCCUGCUCAGAAACCGCUGCUUUGUGAGAGACAACUUCUCCUUCCCUCUCAGCGUGAAAUUGGAGAAAUACUACCAAACUGAAAAUGACGACAAGAACCCCUUCAUAUGCUCCCAGCCCCAAGGCAAUGGCAGGAGGAACUGCAACUCUGUGCCGAAGCUGUACGAGCACAACAUAGAGUGCAACCUGGACGAGUACUCUUACAACAGCACUGACAACACCACCUGCGUCAACUGGAACCAGUACUACACCAAAUGCGAAGCUGGUGACACCAACCCCUUUAAGGGAGCCAUCAACUUCGACAACAUCUUCUACGCCUGGAUUGCCAUCUUUCAGGUGAUCACUCUGGAGGGCUGGGUGGACAUCAUGUACUUUGUGAUGGAUUCUCACUCCUUCUACAACUUCAUCUACUUCAUCCUACUCAUCAUUAUUGGCUCAUUCUUCAUGAUCAACCUGUGCCUGGUGGUCAUCGCCACUCAGUUCUCGGAGACCAAGCAGAAAGAGAGUCAACUAAUGAAGAACCAGCGGGAGCGCUACAUGUCCAACGCCAGCACUCUGGCCUCCCACUCCGAGCCGGGCUCCUGCUACGACGAGCUGCUUAAGUGCCUGGUUGAAAUCAUCCGCAAUGGGGCCAAACAAGUGGCCCAUAUCUCCAGGCUUCUGGCCCGCCGAGCCGGGUUCAACAUCCCCGCUACGCCCCCACCUGCCACGCCCCAACGCAGCCAAAGAAGGAGGAGGAAGUGUUCCAGGCAGGGAUCUGUGUCGGUUCAUCACAUGAUGCACCAUCAUCACCACCACUACCACCUGGGGAAUGGCAGCGUGAGGGGAGGAGGGAGCAUCAGGUGUCUGGAGGGUAGGGAUGUGGAGGUCGGUGCCCAUAACAACAGCGGAGGGGCCCUUGUAGCAACCACCGGCACCAGGCAACUUUCUUUAGCCCCGCCGCCUUCAGUGACAGCAGCCACCUCUGAUACAAACCUAGCCACUUUGUUCAACCCUGCCACGGGAGCUGCCGAUUCAUCUUCGGUUCGCAGCGUAUUCCAUGCAGAGGCUCUUCGGUGUUCCCCCUCGCCCACAAACCUGGGGCCGACCAUAGGCCCCUUCUCCCUAGCCCCGGCUCCCAUGUCCAGGGCCAUGAAGAGGAACUCUGUACCCUUUGCAGCCCCAGGGCCUAAGAACUACCCCACCCUGCAGACUCGAGCCCUGGCCGAGUCCAGACGAGGAAGUGCUGCUGCCAGUACUCUGACUAACAUCAGCUUCAAUCUGAAUAUCCCGCCCAUGCCCCUGGAGAGACGGCCAUCGAGCCUGUUGGACACACACGCUGCCACAGCCCAGCUCUCCUGCCAGCUGUCGGCUCGUGACCUCAGCACCACCAGCAGUGCCAUGGACACAGCCGCUUUGACAUUGGACCCAGAGAGUUGCCCCUACUGCGCCAAGCUAGCCAACGAAUCAGAGGGUGGCCCUGAAGGCAACGAGACCCCCGGAGACUCCGACAGCGAGGGCGUAUAUGAGUUCACCCAAGACCUCCACCACAGGGACAGGAGAGACAGCCGGCAGCCAAAAAAGAAGCAGUGUAGGCUUGGCAAAACGGCGGGGAACAUAGUUCGCUUCUGGAGGCUGGUGUGCGACACAUUCAGGAAGAUUGUGGACAGCAAGUACUUUGGACAAGGGAUUAUGAUCGCCAUUCUGAUCAAUACUCUGAGCAUGGGGAUCGAGUACCAUGAGCAGCCUGAUGAGUUGUCCAGCGCGUUGGAGAUCAGUAACAUCGUGUUCACCAGCCUGUUCGCUCUGGAGAUGCUGUUGAAGGUUUUGGUCUAUGGGCCCUUUGGCUAUAUCAAGAACCCCUACAAUGUCUUUGAUGGCAUCAUCGUGGUCAUCAGUGUGGGGGAGAUCGUGGGUCAGCAGGAUGGCGGUCUGUCGGUGCUGAGGACCUUCCGUCUGAUGCGGGUGCUGAAGCUGAUCCGUUUCAUGCCCGCCCUGCAGAGGCAGCUGGUGGUGCUGAUGAAGACCAUGGACAACGUGGCCACCUUCUGCAUGCUGCUCAUGCUAUUUAUCUUCAUCUUCAGUAUCCUUGGAAUGCAUCUGUUUGGUUGUAAGUUUGGCAUUGAGGAGAAAGGAAAAACCACGCCAGACAGAAAGAACUUUGACUCACUCCUCUGGGCCAUAGUGACUGUCUUCCAGAUCCUAACCCAGGAGGACUGGAACGAGGUAUUAUAUAACGGCAUGGCCUCCACCUCUCCCGUAGCUGCCCUCUACUUCAUCGCGCUCAUGACCUUUGGCAACUACGUCCUCUUCAACUUGCUGGUGGCCAUCUUGGUCGAGGGUUUCCAGACUGAGGAAGUGACCAAGCGGGAGGACUUGCAUGCCCAGCUGAGCCUAAUUCAGCUGCCUGUAGACUCAGGGGGUGAUGCUUCUAAAUCAGGUUCGGAGAUCGAUUCCUGUGCGCGAAGUAUGGAGGACGUAAACGGCAGCAAGAAGGAUUUGUCGGCCUCUGCAGUAGUGCCUGUAAAUGGCCACGUGGACCUGAAGACCAGCUUGACUCCACCUGUAAUUACCCACACGGCUGCCACCCCCAUGCCCGUACCCAAGUUGCCUGUCGGAGGUGAUCCCAUCCUGGACUACGAGUCCCGUCGAGGCAGCAGCGUCUCCAUAGACCCAGCCUGCUAUGACAAAUCCCCGACCAGUGCCCGGAGCUCAUCUCCCCAUGGCCCAUGUAGCUCCGGCAGCGGCUGGACCAGCCGCCGGUCCAGUUGGAACAGCCUGGGUCGCGCCCCGUCACUCAAACGCCAGAAGCGGCAGUCUGGGGAACGACGGUCUCUCCUCUCCGGGGAGGGUGGCUCUAGCUCGGAAGACGGGGAAGGUGGAGGAGAAGGAGGAGGCGGGUUGAUUGAGGACGAUGACGCCUCUCUGGCCAGGACGGAAUCCAUGUCACAGAGAGGGCCCCGACACCGGAGGAUGGUGUCAGUAGAGACUCGGAGCUCCAUGGAUUUGCCCCCUGAUGCUCUGUUGCAGGUGCCCUAUCUGUACCGCUCGGCCAGCAUGCACAGCUCCAGGCCGCCCUCACUGGGCCACUUGCGGCCCCCAGGGCACAGCGACUGCAAUGGGAAGGGCUCUCCGUCAGUCCUGGGCCCCACCCACGUCUCUCUGGAGGACAAUACUGAAGACGAAAAUGCAGAAGAGGAGCCCAACCUGGGUCGUUUUGCCAGACUGGUCCGCUGGCUGGAGAAGAAGCAGCCCGAUUGGUGUCGACAGAGAGACAGCUGGUCACUCUACCUCUUCCCUCCAGAGUCAAGGUUUCGGAUCCUGUGCAAUAGGAUCAUCACCCACAAGAUGUUUGACCAUAUUGUGUUGGUCAUAAUCUUCCUCAACUGCAUCACUAUCGCCAUGGAGAGGCCUCACAUCGAUCCCACCAGUGCUGAGCGGAUCUUCCUCAAAUUGUCCAACUACAUCUUCACAGCAAUCUUUGUGGCUGAGAUGACUUUGAAGAUUGUAGCUCUGGGCUGGUGUUUCGGGGAGAAGGCCUACCUGAAGAGCAGCUGGAACGUUCUGGAUGGGAUGUUGGUGACGAUUUCUGUCAUCGACAUUCUCGUGUUUCUCAUCUCCAACUCUGGUACCAAGAUCCUGGGAAUGCUCAGAGUUCUGAGGCUGCUGAGGACCCUGAGGCCACUACGUGUGAUCAGCAGAGCUCCGGGGCUGAAGCUGGUGGUAGAGACCCUGAUGUCAUCGCUGAAGCCUAUCGGCAACAUCGUGGUCAUCUGCUGCGCCUUCUUCAUUAUCUUUGGCAUCUUGGGAGUACAGCUCUUCAAGGGGAAGUUCUUUGCUUGUCAAGGAGAAGAUGUCAGUAACAUUUUCAACAAGACGGACUGUUGGCAGGCAGGCUACAAAUGGGCUAGACACAAGUACAACUUUGACAACCUGGGACAGGCUUUGAUGUCUCUGUUUGUUCUGGCAUCAAAAGAUGGCUGGGUGGAUAUUAUGUAUAACGGACUAGAUGCUGUAGGAGUUGACAAACAGCCGAUAACAAACUACAACCCGUGGAUGCUGCUGUACUUCAUCUCUUUCCUGCUGAUUGUGGCCUUCUUCGUGCUCAACAUGUUCGUGGGCGUGGUGGUGGAGAACUUCCACAAGUGCCGGCGCCACCAGGAGGCCGAAGAGGCCAAGCGCAGGGAGGAGAAGAGACUGAAACGCUUGGAGAAAAAGAGACGGAAUUUAUUGGUUCCGGGGGUGAGUUGGGCCCUCUCUGAAGGCACAUUGAAAGAAGCUCAGAGUAAGCCCUACUACUCCGAUUACUCCCCCACCCGCCUGCUCAUCCACAAGAUGUGUACCAGCCAAUACCUGGACCUGUUCAUCACCAUCGUCAUAGGGCUCAACGUCAUCGCCAUGUCCAUGGAGCACUACCAACAGCCCAAGGAACUGACCAAGGCACUGAAGAUCUGUAACUACAUCUUCACAGUCAUCUUUGUACUGGAGUCCGUCUUCAAGCUGGUGGCCUUCGGCUUUCGAGGCUUCUUCAAAGACAAGUGGAACCAGCUGGAUCUGGCCAUCGUGCUGCUGUCCAUCAUGGGCAUCACUCUGGAGGAGAUUGAGGUCAAUGCAUCCCGGCAUAUCAACCCCACCAUCAUCCGCAUCAUGAGAGUGCUGAGGAUCGCAAGAGUAUUGAAGCUGUUGAAGAUGGCGGUGGGGAUGAGAGCUUUGCUGGACACCGUUAUGCAAGCCCUGCCUCAGGUGGGGAAUCUGGGUCUUCUCUUCAUGCUUCUCUUCUUUAUCUUUGCAGCGCUGGGAGUGGAGCUGUUUGGUGACUUAAUUUGCGAUUCGAAACACCAUUGUGAAGGUCUGGGGCGCUAUGCUACAUUCAGAAACUUUGGGAUGGCAUUUCUGCUGCUCUUCAGAGUUUCCACUGGAGACAACUGGAAUGGCAUAAUGAAGGACACACUGAGGGACUGCGGUAAUGACAACCCCUGCUACAACACUGUGGUCUCUCCCAUCUACUUCGUCUCCUUCGUUUUGACCGCCCAGUUUGUCCUGGUCAACGUUGUCAUAGCUGUCCUGAUGAAGCACCUGGAGGAGAGCAACAAGGAAGCCAAGGAGGAGGCGGAGCUGGAGGCAGAGUUGGAGCUGGAGAACCGGCUCCAGGCGGAAAGGGCGGAAAUGGCAACAAGGUCACCCCAACUCAACCCUCUGGCACUGGGCACGGACAGGUCAAGCUCUGGGGGUUCCCCCUGUAGGUCCACUGGAGGAGGGGACAGGGAGCAGGAAAGGGGCGGUCCUAUGGACUCGCCCACUGCUGAUAUUCGCAGAGACUCUAUAAACCUCAGAGCAGACCCCCCUUCAAGCCUGGAGCCCACGCUGGAGUUUGUCCAGCGGAGAGCGCAGUUUGACUCGGUCUCCCUGGUCAUCCAGGGUUCAAUGGAGGGAGAGUUGAGUUUGAUGGACAACCUGUCUGGCUCUAUCUGUCACUACUACGCACUGCCCCCCAAGCCCAGCAAGCACAGCAGCGACAAGAAGAUCCCUCUAGCGGAGAUGGAAGCUCUGUCUCUGGCCUCUGACAAAUCCUGGUCCCUAGCUCUGACAGACGACUCGGGCCCCGACGAUUUUAACCCCCUCUUUCUAACCAGUCUGGAAUGCAAUCCAGAACAGCUCGAUCCUGGGGAGCCACUGGAGGACAACCUGCUGAGCGUCAGGAAACCAACGGUGGGACGCACACACUCCCUGCCUAACGACAGCUACAUGUACCUCCCCAUGCAGCCCUUUGGCCCUGCAGCUCCAGCACAGCUUCUAGCACAGACACAAGGGUCCCAGCACAUGCGGGGCACCCACAGGACCCAAUCAGGCUCCAGUUGCUCGGUGCGUUCACAGCCGGAGGAGUUUUCUCAGCUGACUGUUCCCACAGACCUCUUUAGACCCAUCAGCCCCCACAGCCACUCAGACUCGGAGAGUAUACUACGACUACCCCCUCCCAGACGUGCGCACACACUAAGCCGCACACUCCGCAGACAGCUCAGUUGGGCCCAAAAGCCGCCCGACCUGAGCUACUGCUCAAACACAGAUACUCCUGUUUCUGAAACAGCGACAAACAGCAGACUUUAGCUACCACUGGGCCUUUCAGAAACACUGGACUCCAUGUUCAUCUUCCAAGAGAUAGACACACACACACACACACACACACACACACACACACACACACACACACACACACACACACACACACAGGCUUCCCUCCUUCUUUCCCCAUAUCACUCAUUAGACAUUGGUCUACUGCUAACCAUCAGCCACAAAGCAUCUAAAACUCUCUUACAGGUGGAUUUGCCUGUAGGAGACCUUAAUGGGACUCUAUUCAUUCUUCUAUAUCGUACAGGCAGCAGGAGCUAGGCGUAACAUUGCAUCAGUGGGUUAUAUGGUAGCUGAGUGAUAGAAUGUAUUCAAGCCAGACAAAGGGUGAGAAAUCUACCCACAAUGCAGUGCACUUACUACACCACAAACUAUACAACUCAGGGGAUUGCUAGAGAACAGCAAGUGCUGUCCAUAUGCAUUUGGCCAUUUUGUACACACAGUACCACAGUGAUAGAGCACUUGUGAAUUUUCUAUUGAGUAGCUUGAGACGUACAUAGUUGUUAACCAGAGUACCAGUAGUUAUUGCACUUAACUCGACGUUGCUUCAAAAAGUCUGACAGGGUGAUCAUUUUUUAGCAUUGUUCCAGUACGCACACUCAUUAUUUGUGACUUGGUGUUGUAUUGCUGUGGCUGGUGAUUGGCCUGGCCUGGUUGUGAUAUAUUUGACCACUAGGUGUCUCUGUAGUCACACCGUUCAGGCUCAUGCAGGGAAAACCCCAUGAUUCCAAACAUUUCUCAAACUGCUGUACCCUACAACUCAUGCUUGACUUGUUCCCUCAUCUCCAUGGAUUCAAGAUAUUUUAAUUGACCUAAUUCAGAACAAAUAUGUUCAGGUACUUAUUCAUUUCCUCUGCCCAGUUUGUGGUCUAUGAGGAACAAGGCAUGAGUUCAUGAGGACAUUUUAUGGUUUUUGGCAACCAUUGUGCUUACUAACCCUUCCUCUCCUACAGUAGCUACAUGUUAUGUUUACCCUCUGACUGCUGGCCUCACACCCUGAUCAGAAUUUGGUUGUAAAUUGAACUGAAAGCUGUGCUGCUGACAGUCAGCAGGAUUUUGUGUGAAUGGUCAAAGGUUAAAGGGUCAGGCGGUCUGGCUCAGAGUUCACUGUGUCAGCUUCAGAGUCCCUCUGUACAACUAAAACAAGCAGCGUUCCAGAGUCAAAUGAGAAAAACAAUCUGAAAUAAAAAAUAUUUGAGCUUCUUUCUUGGAAAUAUCAUCCACGUCAGUUACAACUUGGAAAUGCCCUCAUACGUACUAACUAACUCAUAUUAAGUUCAUACCAACAAGGGGAAGGAUUCUCGAAAGCAUUAAUUUUUUAUCACAUUCAUGAUUCUUUUAUACCAACAAAUGUGGAGGGAAAUUGUCCACAAGAAUCUUAAUCGUGAUGUUUAGAGUUUCAGGGGAUUUUAUUACACAACAAGUAGUUCAUUUUAGUCAUCAAAACCCUUUAAAGACCCCCCCCAGACAUGUUUUAAGACAUAAAAAUACUCACUAUAGUAUGGUCACUUGUGUCCAAUAUGGGUUUUCAACAAAAAAGUUUAGUUAACUUAUAUAACAGAUUAAUAACUAUUUAAAUAACUUAUACUCCUUCUACCUCAUUAUAAAACAAGGAUCUAUGAAUAUGCAAAUAUUUUUAAUUUUGAACGUUUAACUGCCGGACACCAGAUGUCUCUUACUCCAUUCUCUGUGUUUUUGCACUGGAGGUUUUAAGUUUCCACACCACACUUCAAGAUUGGCUUCCAGACUGUGAUGUCCUGCCCUGCUCGAGCACACGUACUCGUGGUAAACUCUAGAUUAAGGGUGAGCCCAGAGAAACGUUCCCCCUUCAGCAGCUCAGUGUGAAAACAAGCUGUUAGUGUCUCACACGUACAUCAUUCUGCGCAGUUAAGACCAAACAUGCAAGUGAUGUAGCAACAAUAAUCUAUUUUUGAGUGAACUGGGGCCUUUAACAAUAAUUCCUGUCAGAUGUGAGGAGAAAAUAAUGGCUCUGCCUCGACAGAAGCACUGCACAAUAAAUUAAUAAAACAAAACCAAAGAACACAUCCAGUAACGUCCAAAGCUGUUGACUCAUAUGACUCUUGGCAAAUCUUCAUAUGGAAUUCUGCCAUUGAGUAAUGCAGUGUAACCUCUGUGCUUCCAUCUUUGAAUUCAUGGAACAAUUUUGCAAUGCCAAUUUAACCCCUCUCUGCCUAGAAUUAAAAGAACAGAGAGGACUCUGGGAAUAUGCUGGCCAGACAGUGAACUUUGACCCAAACUGCUGCUUCUCAUCCCCAUCGCCUCACACUAACUAGUCUCCCCCUCUCAUCCUCCCUGAUCCUCCGCUCCCUUGCUCUCCCUACCUUCCUCUCACCUCAUAAUUUACCUCCAUCUCUUCACCCCUGCUCCUGAAUAUUUCACCGCCACCCCCCCCAUUUCCCCUACAUGCCCCGUCUUCCAGGUUGCAGUGUCUACUGACUCUCAGGAGGCCCUGUGUUCAGACGGAGUGGAGAGCAAUGAAGGACUUGUGAAUGUGGCCUCUCUGGGCCUCCCUCCAUCCCCCUCUGCUUCUUCCUCCUCCCCCUCCAACUC